AUGGGUGACAUGAGCUGCAGAUGCCGGCGGGGGAAGGGAUUCCGGCUGAAUUCCGCAAGGUUUUCGGUGCUCCGGCUGCGGCUGAGACUGCUGGGUCUGAUCGGGCUCUUGCAGCGGUGUCUUCAGUGCAUGAAGAAGGGCACCGGCUGCGGCGGCGGCGGCGUCGGCGACCGGAGGAGUAGAAGAUCCGGGCGGCGAUGGGGGAAGAGCGGCAGCAGGAGGGGUCUCAUGGAGGACCUGAGGAACCGGGGUCAACAGGAGGGGAAGCUCCGGCCACCGGGGCGCUCCAACUCCUUCCACACGGAAGCCAUCGCCGACUGCUUGGAGUUCAUCAAGAGGACGUCGGUCUCCGUCAACGGCGGCUCUGAUGGCGGGCAGUGA